AAGCAGUUGUAUGGAGUGAGAUGACAUAACAUGACGUUGUCCAACAAUGUUUUGGUUCUCUUGGUGGCGAUGACGAAAGUGAGUGACUGGACACAUUGGUAGCUGACGAUGGCCCACACCGUGGAGACGUGUGCUGAAUCUGGACGCAGGCUGCGCUCCAUCUGCCGGAGAAUGUACGACGAGAACGAGGAUUUGUCUGACGUUGAAGAAAUCACAAACAUCAGAGGGUUCAACCUGGAGGAAAAACUUGCCAGUGAUAAUUAUAAUGCAAACUUUGUCCACAUGAUGGACGGUAAAGAAUUCACUUAUGAAUAUGUUCAGAGAGAGGCUCUGAGGAAACCACUCAUUUUCAAACAGAAAGAUGGCCUGGGGAUCAGAAUGCCUGAUCCAGAAUUUACUGUCAGUGAAAUUAAAGGCUUAGUUGGCAGUCGUCGAUCGGUGGAUGUUAUGGAUGUGAGCACUCAGAAAGGCUCAGAAAUGAGCAUGGCUCAGUUUGUCCGCUACUAUGAGACACCAGAGUUACAGCGGGACAAGCUCUUCAAUGUCAUCAGCUUAGAGUUCAGCCACACGAAGCUGGAGAACCUCAUCAAGCGGCCCACUGUGGUUGAUCUAGUUGACUGGGUAGACAACAUGUGGCCACCUGACCUGAAACAAAGCCAGACAGAAGCUACCAAUGUAAUCUCAGAGAUGAAGUACCCUAAAGUGCAGAGGUAUUGUCUGAUGAGUGUGAAAGGCUGCUACACAGACUUCCACAUCGAUUUUGGAGGAACUUCGGUUUGGUAUCAUGUAUUCAAGGGACAGAAAGUGUUCUGGCUGGUGCCUCCAACCCCUCACAACCUGGCCCUGUAUGAGGACUGGGUCCUAUCAGGCAAGCAAAGUGAUAUCUUCCUGGGAGACCGAGCUGAUGGAUGCCAGAGAGUAGAGCUCAAGCAAGGAUACACCUUCUUCAUUCCUUCCGGGUGGAUCCAUGCUGUCUACACUCCUGUGGACACGCUGGUGUUUGGAGGCAACAUUCUUCACAGCUUUAACAUUCCUAUGCAGCUCACCAUCUAUGAGAUAGAGAAUAGGACCAAGGUUCAUUCCAAGUUCCGCUACCCGUUCUAUCAUGAGAUGUGCUGGUAUGUCUUGGAGAGAUAUGUGCAUUGCCUGACCAAACGGUCCUACCUUUCUCAGGAGCUCAGCAGAGAGCCUGUGCUGAUGGACUUUGAAGCAAAAACAAAUACGGAGAGCCCCUCCUCUGACUCCAGGAGCCAGGACAUGAAUGAGGACUCAUGUGAGACGCAGGUCAGAGAGGAGCAGAGUGAAAAAUCAGAGAGACUUACUGAGGAUGAUCCUUGCUCCCCUGACAGUGGCAAGGGCAAAACCAAUGACUCUCCUAGCCCACAACACUUAAAAGCUGCUUUAACCAUUGACUCUGAGGACAGCUGUGCUCCCACUUCCACCUCUCUAGAUUUCCCCAAAACUCUCUCUGACUCUCCAGGCUCAGAGUCACAUCAUAAAUGGACUCACCUGACAGAAUUUGAACUGAAAGGACUCCAGGCCCUGGUUGAGAAGCUGGAGGCCCUGCCUGAAAAUAAGAAAUGUGUUCCAGAGGGUAUAGAGGAUCCACAGGGCCUGCUGGAAGACAUGAAGGUUCUCUUAAAAGAACAUGCAGAUGAUGACCCUAAAUUAGCAAUCAGUGGUGUUCCUGUGGUGUGCUGGCCCAAGAAAACUAUAAAGCCUCGGCCUUCUAACCGGCCAAAACCUAAGAUGGCAGCUUCCCCUGCAUCAGCAGUCAAACUGUCAGUGAGUCGUGGAACUUCUGGUGCCAGGAGGAGAAGGACACGCUGCCGGAAGUGUGAGGCAUGCCUACGUACAGAAUGCGGAGAGUGCCACUUCUGUAAAGACAUGAAGAAGUUUGGUGGGCCAGGCCGGAUGAAACAGUCCUGCAUCAUGAGGCAGUGCAUUGCACCUGUUCUGCCCCACACCGCAGUGUGUCUCAUCUGUGGAGAGGCAGGGAAGGAGGAUACUGUGGAGGACGAUGAGGAAAAGUUUAAUCUCAUGCUUAUGGAGUGCUCCAUCUGUAACGAGAUUGUUCAUCCCAAUUGUCUUAAGGUGAAAGACUCUGGUGGAGUGGUAAAUGAUGAGCUGCCAAACUGCUGGGAGUGUCCAAAGUGCAACCAUGCAGGAAAAACAGGGAAACAAAAAAGAGGGCCUGGGUUUAAGUAUGCAUCUAACCUUCCUGGCUCGCUACUGAAAGAACCACGGCUGAAUCGAGACAUAAAAGAGGAGCCUGACCCACCCAGCGUGGCUGCAGCCAGUGUAACUGCUUUGACUAUGACAUCUGCAGUGAAGAGGAAGACAGAACGGGAGGAAAUCCCUAAGAGGAAAGAUGAGGAGCCUCCAAAGAAGCGCCCCCCCUUACUGUCUCUGGAUGGCACGCCCCGGCCAAGACUUGAGGACAACCCUUUGCGGAAGAAAAGGAAACUGUUUGACACCAAUGAUGAACCUGUCGUUGUUAAAAAGAAGAAGAAGCUCUCAAAACCAGAUGAUCCCUUGACCUCGAAGCUGCUGCAACAGAUCAAGACAGAGAACGAUGAUGGUGAUGACGAAGAUGACCAUGAAGAUCGGGAAGAGGAAGACAGGUUUCCCCUAGACAGGAAUAAUGUGAAUGAAAAAAAGGACGAUGAUGAAGCAGAGCAAGAGGAAGAUGACGAAGAGGAAGAAGAUGCAUUGACAAAGGAGAAAGAUGGCAUUAUAGAGGACAAAGCCAAAGUUCUGCUGAAUCCACUGCUGAGAACAUUGGCAGCUAGAGAAAGAGACCAGUCAUCUUCCAACUCUCCCAGAGCUGGUCCAAGCAGCGAAUCAGGAGAUGGCCAGGAAAAGAGCUGCGGCCAGCUUAAGGCUCGCCAGCAACGCCGUCGCUUCCCCAACAAAGAGUUGAGCAAAGAGUUCAGUUCAGAGGACUGUGUGGCCAACCUGAACCGCAGACCAUUGAAAAUUGAGGACAGCCCAGCCAAUCACAAUCGACGACCACUGAAAAGUGAGGACUCUUUCAAUAAUCAGAACAGUAAAACACUAAGAACAGAAGACGCAACCACUAAUCAGAGCUGUAGGCCCAAUAAAAUUGAGGAGGCUCUGGCCAGUCAGAACAGACGACCUUUGAAAUCAGACGACAGCCUGGGCAAUCAGAAUCACAGGUCAGUAAAAACUGAGCCUGAGAAUGAGGGAGAGGAGCCAAAACAAAGAUGGCCACUCAAUAAUGGCAGAGGUGACCUGGGUGACUGGCUGCACCACAGGGGGCGGGAGAUGAACGGGACGCCACGUGAGUACUCAACUCUGGGAUUCAAUAGAAGCUCACCAAUUACUCCUAUAUGUCCCCGCCCAAUUCCCUGUCGAUCACCACCAAAAUGCAUCCAGAUGGAGCGCCAUGUGAUCCGACCCCCACCCAUCAGUCCUCCACCUGACAGACUACUCCUGAAUGAUGGGGAAACGCACAUCAUGCGCAGGGAGGUGUGGAUGACAGUGUUCAGUCACCUAACCCACAGGGAUCUCUGUGUCUGCAUGCGUGUCUGCAGGACCUGGAAUAGAUGGUGCUGUGAUAAGAGGCUUUGGAAGCACAUUGAUCUCAACCGCUGUAAGUCCAUUACACCCCCCAUGCUGAGUGGUAUUAUCCGUAGACAGCCAGUAGCUUUGGACCUCAGCUGGACCAACAUCUCCAAGAAACAGCUCAGCUGGCUCAUCAACAGACUGCCAGGUCUGCGUGUACUGCUGUUGUCAGGAUGCUCCUGGGUGGCGGUCUCUGCCCUUUGCACCUCUAGCUGUCCUCUUCUACGCACUUUAGACAUUCAAUGGGUUGAAGGACUAAAAGAUGCUCAGAUGAGGGACCUGUUGUCUCCCCCUACAGACAACAGGCCAGGUCAGCUAGACAACAGGAGUAAGCUGCGUAACGUGGUGGACCUGCGCCUGACAGGGCUGGACAUCACAGAUACCUCUCUACGCCUCAUCAUCCGCUACAUGCCCUUUUUAUCCAAGCUAGACCUCAGCUAUUGCAAUCAUGUCACUGACCAGUCUGUCAACAUUUUGACCGCUGCAGGCACGACAACCAGAGACUCACUCACGGACAUCAACUUGUCAGUCUGCAACAGAGUCACAGACCAGUCACUGACCUACUUCAAGCGCUGUGGAAGCAUAUGCCAUAUAGACUUGCGCUACUGUAAACAGGUGAGCAAGGAGGGCUGUGAACAGUUCAUUGCUGAGAUGUCAGUCAGUGUGCAGUUCGGACUGACAGAGGAGAAACUACUGCAAAAGCUCAGUUAGGUGGAGGAGCACUGAAGACUGUGCCACAUUACACAAGUGGCAAUACUACUGUCCACAUGGAGGCAGCAGAUGGCUGUCUUCAUGGUUUUUUUAAUUGGAUGUUGUAUUUCACAAGUCUCUGUGGGCCACUUAACAGAAACAGGAGAAGUGUCUUCUGUGAAGUAAUGAGAAGGGAAUCUGUGCAGCCAAGCCGGAAUGUUUUGCAACAAACAAACAAAAGAAAAAAAAAACAACAACUCAAUCUGGAUCCCAUUUUUUGCCUGAAAAUUGCAAAAAUGUUUUGGUCGUUGCUGUUGUUUUACUUACAUUUUUGCACCUGUGUUUAAGUUAUUUAUUUCUUCAGAUGGACUGUUUAUGUUCAGCAUUAUAUAUUUUGGUGUUAUAAACUGUCUCAUGUUUUUGUUCCAAUGCAAAGGUAAUGCAUUAUAGAAUAAUAUUUUUGUAUCAGAAAGUGUUACAUAAAUUUAUGUGCCGUAUUGAAUGCACUCAUGUACUGUAUGGUACCAUUUCUAAUCAAUUUGCAUUACUGCUAAGCUUUUCAUUGAUGAGAGGCAAAGGUAUGGGGAUUUCUUUCCAGUAUAGUACAAUGAUAGCUUGUAUUUGUGUGGGUGUUUUUAUAUUUUAUCUUAAGUCUCAGUGUUCUGUUUCUUACUGGACAUGGGCACUAUGGUCUUUCCUUUCUAUAGGACUAUAUACUAUAUUACUGUGUCCAUUCUGAUGUAAUACCUAGAGGAAAAAGUAAAAAGCUAUUUGCA